CACUGCGCCGUCGGGCUUCGCGAGGCGGAGUUCGGCGCGUUAGCUAGCAGAGCUAACUAGUUUUCAGUUCACUCUGUUAAAUGAAAAAGAAGCUUAGCAUUUUAGCUAGGUCGCUUAUUAGCUAGUCCGUUACAUCAUGGCGGCUGUUCGCAGUUUGCGGGUUUCUGUGAAACACGAAAGCGCGUCGGACCGUUCUGACUCCGACUCGGACACCGACUCAGAUCGGAAUAUUCGUGAAGCAGAGCCGAUGGAGGUCGAGGAGGGAGAGCUUGAGCUUCAAUCCAUUCCUGUCCGCCGACGUUUAAAGGAAUUGUUGCCGGACACAAGCCGGCGAUAUGAAAACAAGGCGGGUGCUUUUAUUACCGGCAUUGAUGUCACAUCCAAGGAAGCAAUUGAGAAAAAGGAAAAGAGAGCGAGGCGAUUCCACUUCCGGGCAGACGACAACGUCGCUCAGAGAAACGUGGUGCUGGACAGAGAGCUCAUGAAAAAAGCAAUUCCUAAGAUCCGACUGGAGGCCUUGCACCUGAGUGGUGUGGAUGACAUGAGCACCCAGGAUGUUUUUAGCUACUUUCAAGAGUACCCUCCAGCACAUAUUGAGUGGAUUGAUGACACAUCGUGUAACGUCGUUUGGCUGGAUGACAUAACUUCAACCCGAGCUCUAAUUAACAUGAGCCGGAUGCCUGACAAAGACGACACUAACACUGCUGUCUCCAAAACCAGUGACCUUCGAGUCCAAAAAGAGAGAGUGACACGAAAUCAUGGCUCGGAUGAUGAGGAAGAGGAAGGGGAGGUUGAUGAUGAUGAUGAUGAUGAUGAUGAUGUGGUGAAGGCAGACAAAAGCAUUGAUGACAGUGAAGGAAAAGACAGUGACGACGAAACAGAGAAAAAACCAACACUGGGAAUUUCCCAGACAGACCAGUUGUCUCAGGCAGAGCAUGAGUCUCUGCUCCGCAAUGACCUGCGCCCCACGACCAAACCCUUUAAAGGCAACAAACUGUUCCUGCGUUUUGCCACACAAGAUGAUAAAAAGGAGUUGGGUGCUGCAAGGCGAAGUCGGUACUAUAUGAAAUAUGGCAAUCCAAACUAUGGGGGCAUGAAGGGCAUCCUGAGUAAUUCUUGGAAACGUAGGUAUCAUACACGGAGAAUCCAGCGCGAUGUACUAAAGACCAAAAAGUCCUUAAUAGGAGACAGUAUGGGACACACUCCACCGUACACACACCGACAUUCAGCUGAUCUGGUGAAUCUACCAGAGGAGCCUAUAGAAGAAGAGGAGGAGGAGGAGGAGGAGGAAGAAGAGGACGGAGAGGAAGACAUGGAUGCUGAUGACAGAGUUGUCGAGUAUAGAGACAGGGAGCGAGGGUCGCAACUCGGGGAAGGGAGCCUCCGUAGCCGUCUGGGGGGCUCAUUCUCGGAGUCCUCAGAUUCAGAUGAAAUGGACUACGACCUAGAGCUGAAGAUGAUCUCAACACCUUCACCUAAAAAGAGCAUGAAAAUGACCAUGUAUGCAGACGAGGUUGAGAAUAACCUCAAGACCAUCAGAAAUUCCAUUCGGAGUGACUCAAGCUCAUCGAGUAGCAGUAUACGGAGUCGCAUUGGUAGCAGUGUGACCAAACCUACCUCAGAAAAAGUGACCGAUGUCAGGCAGUUACUGGAAGAGAAAAGACAGGGUCUUUCACAACAGAGGACGCGCCCUCUUGUGGCCUCCUCUGGAAAGACAGAUGUGAAACAAAGGUUGGGGAAGAGGCCACACUCUCCAAAAAGGCGCCGCUCUGUCUCUCCCGUCCCUCCGAGAAACACAGCCGCACGGAGAGAGCCUCUUACUGACGUGCACAGCAGACUCGGCACAACUAAACAUGAAUCACGGGGUCUCUACUCGGAGCCCACAAAAGACAAAAAGUCAGGUGGUCUGUGGACCCGACUGGGGCCGUCAAAUAAAGAUAGCCAAAGCGAUGGCAAGCUUUCUGGCAGGCUAGGGAGCAGCGUGGCGUCCUCACGUGGGAGCCGGCAGAAAGAUGAUGCAGACUCGGACGGAGUCGAUGAGUCUGAGGAUGAAGAUGAGGAUUCACAGCUGCAGAAGAUGUGGGGAGCGAUGAUCAAGCAGAAGGAGCAGCGGUCCAAUAAAAUGAAAAAAAGCCGUCUGGACAACCUUCCGUCACUGCAGAUCGAGAUCAGCCGAGACAGCAGCAACGGCUCCGACAGUGACUCUUGAGCUGGAGCGAGAGACUGAAAAUAGAGGGAUAUGGCGGAAAAGAGAGGAAAUAAAACGCUGCUGACUUGUUAAAAUAAAGCUUACAAGUAGAUAGUUUCACUCUGCAGCCCUAGUCCAUACAUGGAUCCUGCCAACAUCCUUUCUUGUUCUCUGUCUUUCUCUAAACGCACCUGACAGACUUGACUCAGAAAGAGCCCCCUGCCAAAGGAGAGGGGAUGCCAGAGUUUGUUUUUGUCUCGACUUCAGUGAGGGUCAGUGACGAAGAAACAUCGUUUGGUCCUGCCUUUAAAGGAGCAGUUUAUAAUUUUUAGAGCCCUUUGCUGCUUGUGAUGUGAAUUUGACUUGCAAUGAAAACACUGACAAGCAUAUGCCUCACACUGCAUGGCAAUAUUGCAAAUCAGUUUUGGGGUUGGUUCCCCUGAUUUGCACAGGUUUGGAAAACCAUUUUAAAAAUUAUGAACUGCACCUUUAAAUGAGUGGGAGUGGGAUUGGUUGUGGUACGUACAAGACCGAUGUACAGCCAGGUCCAUAAGUAUUUGGGCAGUGAUAGUUUUGAUCGUUUUGUGUCUGUACACCAUCACAGUGGAUUUGAAGCUUUCAAGACAUGAUUGAAGUGUUGAACUUCAGCUUAAAUUCAAGGUGUUGAACAAUAUUGCAUUAACCAUUUAGGAAUUCGAGCAACUUUUUGUACAUAGUCCCUCCAUUUUGACAGGUUCAGAAGUUAUUUGACAGUUGACUCAUGAGAUUCAUUAUUUCAUGACAGAUUAAGGAGAUAAAAGGUCUGGAGUCAAUUCCAAGUAUUGAAUUUGCAUUUGGUAGCUCUUCAUGGGAACCUUCAAUGGGCUGUUUCACAAUCAGGGUACACACUUCGGGUCCACAGUAGUCUAAAAAUCAAAGCUCAGAUUUGUUUCUCUUUGCGGCUAAAAAGUACCUUUUGAGAUGGAAAUUUAAUUGCGCAGAAUUUCAGAGCUAAAGGUUAUAUAGUGGGAAUGUUACUUGUGGUGAGAAGAUGGCAUAUAGUGUAUUUCUAAAAUUGACCAGCUUUCUUAUAGUCUGCAAGAGUGAGGUAUAUAAAGUGAAAGUGUUGAAAUAGAUGUGAUUUUAAGUACCAAUUUUCAAGUACUGUGCAGCAAUAUUUGUACACGGCGAUAACUGUAAUAAUAACUAAAGUGGUGACGAUCCUUGUGGUUUUCCGGAGAGGACACUUUUUUUUUUUUGACAGACUCACAUUUCAACUACAUGUGAAGCUCUGCUGCAAAUUUGUCUCACAUCUGUUUCAAGUCCUUUUUUUUUUUAUUAAACUGUGCAACGACAGUGUUCUGCUUCAAAAGAGACAAACAUUUUCUUUAAAAAAUCAUUUACCUCAUAGUGAGCGUUUUUCGGAGAGGACGUUUUUGACGGGCAAAGGAUCCUGUCAGAGGUACUUAGUUCACAAAAAAACCCGUAACGUCCACUUAAAUAUCUUUCUAUUGUGAAUGAAAGUACAGUAUGUCCCAAAGUGAAACCUAGUUAAUGCUAAAAAUGCAAUCCUGAAUUUAACCAGUAAAAUAUAAAUGUAAUAAUUAAAGUAGAAUUAAAUGAAAUGACUAUAAGGUCAAACCUGAGCCCGCAUUUGACGCUUACAAACAUAUUGAUAAGAAAUUAUAAGGGAAAUUAAUGCUGUAGGCAGGGCUGGUGUGUCCCUGUAAAAUAAGGUAUAAGAAGGUCCAGAAAAUGAAUAAAUUUAAAAUAUAUACACACACACACACACACACACACACACACACACACACUGGACCUAGUUGCAGGAAUUAGUUGGUGUUAUACAAAAAGACAACCAUGAUUGUGAAACAAUGCCAAUAUGUGAUCCAGAGAAAUGUGGAUGCAAGUGAAGGAGACCAUCAUUUGACUGAAAGAAACAAAACGGACUUAUCAGCGAGAGAGCAGAAAUUUUAGGAGUGGCUAAAUCAAGCAUGUGAAUGGCAAAGAACAAAAAAAACCACCAAGAAAAUAUGCAGAGCAUGGUGUGAUGGUGAUCCCUAUGCCCAAGGCUCGUUUCAACAAUGCUCAUCAUAGCUUGAUUCAAUCACAUCUCUGUAAAUCAGCAAUUUGGUAUAUUCUUAAAAAGCAGGAAUGCACUGGUGAGCUCAGCAACACCAAAAGGCUUAGAGAGGAUAACUGAAGUGGAUGAUUGAAGAAUCCUUUCUUUGGUGAAGAAAAACCCCUUGACAACAUCUAGCCAAGUCAAGAACAUCUCUCAAGGAUGUAGGUGCAUCAUUGUCAGUCUACAAUGAACAAAUGCCGUCAUAAAUAUAAAUACAAAAGGGUUUACUUCAAGAUUCAAACCACUGGUAACAUUCAAGAACGGAAAGACCAGAUUAGACUUUGCUAGAAAGCCUGUCCAGUUCUGGAACAAGAGUCUUUGGACAGAUGAAGCCAAGAUUAACUUGUACCUGAAUGAUGGGAAGAGUAUGGAGAAGGAAAGGAAGGCUCAUGAUCCGAAGCACACCACAUCAUCUGGACAUGGGCAUGCAUGGCUGCCAGUGGAACUGGGUCAGUGGUGUUUAUUACCUCCGCCAAAGAGGUUAUGUUUUCGGUAGCAUUGGUUUGUCUGUUGGUUUGUCUGUUAGCAACAUUACGGAAAAAGUUAUGAACGGAUUGCUCUGAAAUUUUUUCCAGAGGUGUGACUGGGCACAAGUAACAAUCCAUUAAAUUUUGGUGGUGAUCCGGAUCACCGUCUGGAUCCCAGAUUUUUUUAAAGGAUUCUUGGCGGAGGUCUGCGCUCUCCGAGUGCUUUUCUUGUUACCUCCGCCAAGGAGGUUAUGUUUUCGGUAGCGUUGGUUUGUUUGUUUGUCUGUUAGCAACAUUACGGAAAAAGUAAUGAACAGAUUGCUCUGAAAUUUUUUCCAGAGGUGUGACUGGGCACAAGUAACAAUCCAUUAAAUUUUGGCGGUGAUCCGGAUCACCUUCUGGAUCCCGGAUUUUUUUAAAGGAUUAAUUUUUUCCCCAUUGAAGUGAAUGGGCGCGCGACGCAAAAAAAAAGAUUUUUCCUUCUGUAGGCCAAACCGUAAGGUGUAAAGUCAUGAAACUUGGUACACUGAUAGAGGAGUGGACCCUGAUUGAUUUCAUCAAGUUUCAUGUUGGUACGUCUCGCGCUCUAGCGCUACCAACUGAUCACAAUCUUACAUGCGUUCAUGCACGUAACUUUUGAGCCGAAUGUCCGAUUUUCAUAAGUCUGGUGCCGUUGGAAUCCUUGGAGCUAGACGAUUCCAACGCACCCUAUGACGUCAUUCUCCGCCUAAUUAGAUUUUCCGCCAUUUUGAAUUUUGUCCAAACUGAAGGUAGAGUGACCCUGGCCGCAUGUUUUGUUCGAUCAUCACGAAACUUGGCACACAUGAUCUCCAGUCCAUGCCUAAUUAAUGAUACUCGUUUCGCUCUCAUACAUUGAAGGGUUCGCCCAUGGCAGCCAAUCAAAUUCGAUGGCGACGCCACCAAACAGGAAGUGAGCUCAUAUCAUGGAAACGCUUUGACGUAUCAAGACCAUAUUUAGUAUUUAGUGGCAUGACUUUGGACACCAUCCAAACUACCCUCAUCAAAUAUGGUGUCAUUUGGCCACUGGGGGCGUCACAAUUAGCAAAAACGUAUUUUAGCUCAUAUCUCAGAAAUGCUUUGAUGUAUCAAGACCAUAUUUGUUGAGAUGACUUUCGGCACCAGUUCAUUUAUCCUCAUCAAAUUUGGUGUCAUUUGGCCACUAGAGGGCGCUACAAUGAGCAAAAAAACGUGUUUUGGGUCAUAUCUCUUUACGGAUUUAGAAUUGCAUCUAAAUGUUCAUGUUAGUGAUGCUCUGGGAUGUCCCUGUAAAGAACCUUGCCAGCCUGUCAUCUCCGUAUGACAAUCCGCCUUGUGUCUUGGCCAAACUUUCGCGUGUUGACACAAAACUUGUCGUGUGGGCGUGCGGUCGCCUCUCUUGGCCGGUCGCCAUGGCGGCGCACCUGAGCAAGCACACUUUCGCAUUUUCUCCAGAAAUGCAUUCUAGUUGUUAUUAUUAUUACCUCCGCCAAGGAGGUUAUGUUUUCGGUAGUGUUUGUUUGUUGGUUUGUCUGUUAGCAACAUUACGGAAAAAGUAAUGAAUGGAUUGCUCUGAAAUUUUUUCCAGAGGUGUGACUGGGCACAAGUAACAAUCCAUUAAAUUUUGGCGGUGAUCCUGAUCACCUUCUGGAUCCUGGAUUUUUUUAAAGGAUUCUUGGCGGAGGUCUGCGCUCUCCGAGUGCUUUUCUAGUUGAUGAUGUUACUGCUGAUAGAAGUAGCAGGAUGAAUUUUAAGUGUAUUGAGCUAUACUUUCUGCUCAGAUUCAGUCAAAUGCUGCAAAACUGAUUGGAUGCUGCUUCACAGUACAGAUGAAUAAUGACCCAAAGCAUACCACAGUAAUUGUUAAAAUUAGUUUGUCCAAUUACUUUUGAGCCUGUGAAAAUGGAGAGACUGUUAAAAAAACAACAACAAGGCUUUAGUUCCUUAACAGUUCAUGCAAUAUUUUUGGGGGGGUUAAACCCCUUCAAUUAAAGCUGAAAGUCUACCAUUUGGUCACAUCUCAAUUGCUUAAUUUCAAAUCCAUUGUGGUGGUGUACAGAGGCGAAAAUAUGAAAAUUGUCACUGUACAAAUACUUAUGGACCUGACUGUAUGUUUUAUGGUGAUGCGCCAGGCUGAGAAUAAUGUUAGAUCUAAAACAAGCAAAACAUGCAGUGUCUCUAGGAAGUACUUUUCAUGAAAAUAUUGUCAGUAGCAGGUAGUGUUGCCAUCUCACAGCUCCAGGGUCCCCAGUUCAGUUCUGAGCUUGGGUUACUGUGGAGGUGGAGUUUUGUAUGUUUCCACCCAGGUUUUCCUUUUCCUUCCCCAAAACAUGCCAGUUAGUGAAUCGAUGACUCUAAAUUGCCCUAGGUCUGAAUUAAUGUGUACAUGGUACCCUGUGAAGGAGUGGAUGUAUUCCUACUCUUGCCCAGUGUUCCUGGAAUAAGCCCUGGAUUCACCACGACUUUGACCAGGGUAAAAUGGUUACUGAAGUUGAAUGAAAGAAUCUUAAGAUUCUUACAGUGAAUCUUCUUAAAUGUAUUAGGUUUUUGUAGUUGAGAAUUGGCUUGGGAUGUACAGAUUAUUUCACUGGUGCACACCAUACAGAUCAGGGGUAGAUAACUAGUCUGGAGCACCAGAGUCCACUGAACUUUGGUGGGUUUCCUGUUUACACCCAAAGUCAGAGAAACGACCUACCUUGGCUGGAUUCUGACCUUCCAUUUCCACAAUGUCCAUGUGCAUCCCUGACCGAGGUGCAUGCGCUAGGUACAUCAACAUCCAUGUUGAUUGAUGUUGUGGUGCAAAUUCAGGAUUGAAGGUGGUUCACUAUAUUGUAGCCAAUGAAUCAUUUUUCAGAGUAAAUAAAGUGGUCUACAUUCCCAUACAGUAUGUGGUCAGUCAGCUCAACAAGCAAGGAAAAUAUAUUGUAUGUGCAAAUAAACAUCUUUUUACAUAA